AUGUCUAUUGAGAGCUGCCAGCAACAUCUGGACCUACCUGAUCCAACGCCUGAUCCGCUGCGCUCCGCUCCAUCGGCUGCUGCCGCGAGCGCGCAGUCUGUGAUGGAGAGCGCGUCCAACCCCUCGGCCAAAGGGAAGAAGGGUAACUCCGGCUUGAGGCGACCCGAGAAGCCCCCCUACUCCUACAUCGCCCUCAUCGUGAUGGCAAUUCAGAGCUCGCCGGCCAAGAGGCUGACUCUGAGUGAAAUCUACCAGUUCCUGCAGGCCCGCUUCUCUUUCUUCCGGGGAUCUUACCAGGGCUGGAAAAACUCCGUCCGGCACAACCUGUCUCUGAACGAGUGCUUCAUAAAGCUGCCCAAGGGUCUCGGCAGACCCGGCAAGGGCCACUACUGGACCAUCGACCCGGGGAGUGAAUUCAUGUUCGAGGAGGGCUCGUUCCGACGCAGACCGCGAGGGUUCCGCCGGAAAUGCCAAGCUUUGAAGCCCAUGUACCGAAUGAUGAACGGCAUCGGGUUCGGCCCGUCCGUGUUCCAGCAGAACUUCGACUUCCAGUCCCCCUCGGCGCCGCUGCCGAGCCACGCCAACAACUACAACGUGGACCUGAUGGGCGGCGGCGGCGGCGGCGGCGGCGUGGUGCCGGCUGGCUUUGAGGGCGUAGCAGCAGGACACCACGUCUCGCCGAGCUCCGGGUCGUCCUACAUGACCGCGUGUCAGGUGGCUUCCAACCCGGAUUACUGCCCGGACCGGAGCAGCAGCAGCAGCAGCCCCCUGCAGUCCUCCACGGCGGUGGUCGGCGGUCUGGACUGUCAGCCGCCGUACGCCAACGCCGCCUCGCACUGGACCCCGCCGGGCGUCUCCUCCUACAUCAAGCAGCACCCGUUCGCGCCCAGCAGCCCGGCGCCCGGCGCCCUGCACCCCGGGGUGUCGCCCUACUCCCUGGAGCAGAGCUACCUGCACCACGGCGGACGCGACGCCGCCGACGUCCCAGUGGGACUGUCUCGAUACUCGGGCCAUUCGGUGCCAGUGUGCGACAGGAAGGACCUGGUUCUGAACCUGAACGGCAUUUCUUCCCUCCAUCCGAGCAGCGGGAGCUCGUACUAUCACCAGCUUCAUCACCAGCACCAUCAUCAUCAUCACCAUCACCACCAGAGUAUGUACCAGGAUGUAAAGCCGUGUGUCAUGUGA